AUGAAGGCUUGCUUCGCAAUAAGUGUAUGGAUUCUGCUGUGGCUAGGACCGCAAGCGAUCGGCGCCAAGCCAGCUCAAAGUCUCCGAUCUCGGAAAGUGCUUUCCAACGACAACAAACGCCGGAAGAAUGAGCCACUCGGGCAGGUCGUCACUUUCGAGGAACUAUUGAGGGAAAACGGACUGUUUGAAGUUUUGCCGGAAGUCGCUGCGAUGAGUUUGCCGCCAACACAUGCUCCGACAAAUACAACACCGAUGGCGCCCACUAGGAUUCCAAAGGGUUCGCCGACUAAGAACCCCAGUGGUGCACCGACGCAAGCUCCGAUAGUCACAGCCAACACGCCAAUGGUAAAUCUGUCGGUGUCACCAGUGUCGGCAGAGACUCCUGUACGCACUUCAAAGAGUCCCACUUCAGUACCAACAGACAUUGGCGAUCCCACUUUGCAACCUACGAUCGGUUCUAUACCUCCGAUAGAGAUACCGACGGGCGCACCGUUGCAAAGCAUUGCUUUUUUCAUCGCAAACACGCCGCGAUUUUCAAUCUUGGAGGAAGCACUCGUAGCAGCCAACCUUCUCGAUACUUUCAGCAGAGAUAUUCAGCUAACUGUGUUCGCACCGAACGAUGCCGCAUUCGAAACAUUAGACCUAGUCUUUUUGGAGGCAUUAUUGACCAAUCCGGGAUUUGGUCUCCACCUGUUUCAGCUGCUCACUUACCAUGGAAUUUUGGGCUCCUUUCCCUCAGCCAGUUUGACAAGCGGUCGAGAGCUCGCUUCGCUCCUUGACGGUUCAGACCUCACAGUUUCGAUAAUCUCAGGGAGCAUAUUCCUCAAUACCACAGCGGUGGUAAGUGGUGUCUCGGGGGCCUUUCCAUCUAGGCUAAUCGAGACAAAUGUACAGGUAUCAAAUGGAAUUCUCCACGAAAUGGAGAUGGUCUUGUUACCCAACUUUGCCUUCUUUUAUAUUUUCGACGUUUUGCAACAAGGUGUAGCAACUUUCAGUACUCUUUCUUCUCUCAUCAUUCAGGCUGACCUUGAGCAAAUUCUUCAAGAAAAAGAAAUGACGGUGCUUGCCCCCAAUAACGAUGCGUUUGCCAUGCUACCAAGCCAGACUUUUGCUUUCCUGCAGAACCCAACGAAUGUCGACACCCUUCGUCAAGUCCUGACCUAUCAUUUGUCAACUGAUGUAUUCAAUUCCCUUCAACUGAUUGAUACUGACAGUUUGAACACAUUGGAGGGAAGCACAGUCGCGGUUACGGCUAUAUACGAUCCGGAAUCUGCAAUGUUGGUGAACCUAUUUUUCAAUUUUGUUGGAGGGGUUAGAUUUAAUGUAUUGGCAGCAAAUGGAAUAGUUCAUGAAAUUGGCGGACUCCUUGUUCCUCCAAAUGCCAGUGUUCCUGGGGUUGGCAUGUUCAGCAUGCAGGCUGUGACUGAGUAUCUGGAGAUACUUGCUUCAGCCAAUCACACUUGAGAGAGAUCUGGGUUCAUGUCAUGAACGCGUAGGGGACAAACCGGCAUUAAUUUAUACUUUCCUUCUGGAUGCAGCUGUUGGCUUUCUUCAAAUCUUCGUCACAACUUGUAGCCCUUAUUGCAACCAACUUUGCCUAUACUGUUAACAAGCUUUGUGAUUAUUUUUGCUAAACCGUAUAAAUAAUUCCUGGAUUCUUCUGAUGAGGAAAAAGCGCCAGUUAGCAGCAGGCAAUAAAAUGGCAAAUAUGCUCCAUCCAUACUUUAUUCAUGUAUUUUUGUCCAAACACAUUGUCACUCGACGUCUGGUAAUCGGACUCCUCUUCACAUUUCUCGCUUUGCCCUCAUUUUAUUAGGUCUGCAUAGGCAAUAAACCACCUACAUCAGAAAAAAUAAUCCCAAAACUAGUGAUUCUCCAGGUGCCGUG